AGCAAGUGAGAGAGGAAGGGGGAGGGGGCGCUCGCUCUCUCGCUCUCUCUGGGAGUGGAGAGAGCGCGAUUUCGCUCCCAAACUCCGAGCUGCUGGUCUGGACUCUUUGCUGCGGGUUUCGCACUAGCUGGAGAGCCAGCCCGAGCCAGCCCGAGCCCGGGACAACGGGCGCGCACUGGGGCUGCGUGCGCUCCAGCUCCCUCUCUCCUCCGGCCGGUAGUGCUGAACCGAGCCGAGCCCCAGCGAGCCAGGUGUCGCUGCGCCGCCUCCCCACCGGUUUUCAGCCAAGCCUCCCGGGGUCCGCUCCCUCCCGCGGCAGCGGCGGCGGCGGCGGCAGCUGCAGGCGCAGGGCCGGCGAGGGGUGGGCAGCGAGGGCAGGAUGGGGGAGCCCCGGCGGCGCCCGGCGGCGCCCGCCCUGCCCGCGUCCCUCGGCGCCUCGGCGGUCGGCUGCGGGCGGCGAGAGAACGCCUGAGCCGGAUGGAGCGGGGCGCCUCGGCCGCCGCCGCCGCCACCGCCUCCUCCUCGUCCUCCUCGUCCUCCUCGUCCUCCUCCUCCUCGUCCUCCUCCUCCUCCUCCUCCUUCUCCUCGUUCUCCUCCCCAGGGCCACCAUGCGAGCCAUGAACUGCCCGCGUGUCUGCCUUCUGCUCGCUGAGCUCCUGGACCUGGCGCUGGGCUACCUGACUGUCAGCAUUGAGCCACUUCCACCAGUAGUGGUUGGAGAUGCUGUGACAUUGAAAUGUAACUUUAAGACGGAUGGCCGGAUGCGAGAGAUCGUCUGGUACAGGGUGACAGACGGUGGGACCAUCAAGCAAAAGAUCUUCACAUUUGACGCCAUGUUCUCCACCAACUCUUCGCACAUGGAGAAUUACCGGAAAAGAGAAGACCUUGUCUAUCAGUCCACUGUGAGGCUGCCAGAGGUCCGGAUCUCAGACAACGGGCCCUACGAGUGCCACGUGGGCAUCUAUGACCGAGCCACGAGGGAAAAGGUGGUCCUGGCUUCGGGAAACAUCUUCCUCAACGUCAUGUCUCCUCCCACCUCCAUUGCUGUCGUAGCUGCUGACACACCUGCCCCGUUUAGCCGCUACCAGGCUCAGAACUUCACCCUGGUCUGCAUUGUGUCAGGAGGGAAGCCAGCACCUGUGGUAAGUGUCCCGGGGCCCCAGCUUCCCACUUUGCCCUCCCUUGGUCCGAUAACGUAUGGAUAUCCCAUUUCCUCAACAAAUCAAAUGAAGGUUCGGCUGGGAGAUGAGGCUGAACCUCUCAGGGACAGCAGGCAAAUCUCUGUUCUCUUUUUUCUUUUCACAGUUGCCCCCAAAGGCCCGAAAAUCAUGAUGACUCCCACCAGGGCCCGUGUGGGAGAUACCGUGAGGAUCUUGGUCCACGGCUUUCAGAACGAAGUCUUCCCUGAGCCCCUGUUCACAUGGACCCGAGUAGGGAGCCGCCUCCUGGACGGCAGCACGGAGCACGAUGGGAAGGAGCUGGUGCUGGAGAGGGUGCCUGCCGAGCUCAACGGCUCCAUGUACCGAUGCACAGCCCAGAACCCCCUGGGCUCCACCGACACGCACACCCGCCUCAUUGUGUUCGAAAAUCCAAAUAUUCCCAGAGGAACAGAGGACUCCAAUGGUAAGUUUCUCCUUCUAGGCCUUCCAACUGGAAACUGAGUUGGAUGUCCUGGAUAGGUGAUGGAUCCUUGGAAGGAAGUGGCCAUAUCUGCUCCCCUGGCUCCCAAAACCCAGCCCUAUUUCUCACCAGGGUGGGGUGGUUUCUCUACUUAACUCCAUUUCAAACAAAAGUCUGAAAGUUACAAUAGUUAAGAUAUGAGGUUUGCAGAGAGAUGAUUUCCCCCUCCCCAUGUCCAAAGUCCUCAAUCAACAGAUACAGAUAUCCAAAAAACAGAGUACUUGGUCUUGAGGGCCAGGAAGACCCGAGUUCAAAUCCUAUCU